AGACGUAAAAGCUGCGGCGCUGAGGACUCGCUUUACGGCAGCAGUAGCAGCGGGCGAGGGAGGGGGCGGCAGGGCGGUUGUUCGUUGGCUCGGUCAAGGCCAGACCCUGUCCAAAGGCGGCUGCAUGGAGGGUGGCAACUCGAAGGGCUCAGGCCUCGGCGGCCUGUUCGGUGCUGGCGGAGCCGGGGGCCCGGGCUAUUCCCACGCGGACUUGGCCGGGGUGCCAUUAACUGGAAUGAGCCCUUUGUCUCCUUAUUUAAAUGUGGAUCCCAGAUAUUUAAUACAGGAUACAGAUGAGUUUAUCUUACCCACGGGAGCAAACAAAACUCGGGGAAGGUUUGAGCUGGCCUUUUUUACCAUUGGAGGGUGUUGUAUGACAGGGGCUGCAUUUGGUGCACUGAAUGGUUUGCGGCUGGGAUUGAAGGAGACACACAGCAUGGCCUGGUCCAAACCUAGAAAUGUACAAAUUCUAAAUAUGGUGACAAGGCAAGGAGCUCUAUGGGCCAACACUCUGGGAUCCUUAGCAUUGCUUUACAGCGCAUUUGGAGUCGUCAUAGAGAAAACACGAGGUGCAGAAGAUGACCUGAACACAGUAGCUGCUGGGACCAUGACAGGAAUGCUAUACAAAUGCACAGGAGAAUCCAUCCUCAACAUACAGGAUUCUGAAGACUAUCCACCUUCAAGAUCACCAUCAUUUUCUAUAGUUUCAGAGUUAUCUGCUAAUGAUAGUGUUUCAGCCACAUCAUGUAUGUCACAUAUAUAUCACCUGUAGCAAAAACAAAAAUAAAUCUCCAUCAUCCAGAAACAACUAUAGAUAAAUCUGUGAUAAAACCAGCAGAUUUACAAAAAGAGGUAAUUGAUGAAAAAAUUUCCCAGUUUGUUUAUGCAACAAACUCUUCUUUCCUUAUGACUGAGAACCCACACUUCGUUAAUAUGGUUCAGCCAUUAAGACCAGGAUACAGUCCACCCAACAGAGCAGAUGUCGCAGAUAAAUUGCUGGAUAAAGUGUAUGAAAAAGAAAUUGACCAGUGUGCAGAAGGUAUAGGUGAGUAAAAUUGUUAACCUUAGUCUUGAUGGGUGGAGCAACGUCCACAAUGAUUCUGUUGUAUGUGCUUGUGUGACAACAGAAGAAGGGAAUGUCUUCCUUACAGAAACAAUUGAUAAAAGAGGAAAUGCAUACACACCAGAAUACUUACAAGUAGCAGCAGUAAAAGCUAUAACAAACUGGAAAAAAAUUCAAAUGUCUAGUAUGCAGCUUGGUCACAGACAAUGCUGCAAAUAUAUCCAAAAUGAGAAGAAAUUAUUUAGAAGAGAGUGAAGAGUCCCAAGCUAAUAACAUACAGUUGCAGUGCUUAUUUGAUGCCAAAGACUUCAGUGUUGCAGAAAUAAAAGGGCUAAUGUUGUUGAAAUUGCAAUAUACUUCCGUAACAACCACUUUGCAGCGGCUGCUCUGAAAAAAGUGGAAGGAACCAAGCUAACUCUUCCACAAGAUGUGCAAUGGAACUCAGUAGUGGUCUAUUUCCAUAUCAAGAACUGGCCUAUUCUGAUGACAGUUUGAGAACAAAAUCGUGAAAAAUAAAUAGAUGGCACUGUCACAGCCGAAGUUCUCAACAUUGGGCUUAAAAGAAAUGUUGAACACAUGCAGAGUACCCUGAAGCCUAUUUCUGUACCUUGAACAAAAUGCAAGGAAAUAACUGUUUUAUUGCUGAUGGUGUUGAAAUAUGGAAGGAACUGAGUGAGAUCUUAAAAAGAGAAAUAUGCAAUGACAGAGUUAAAUUACAAGCAUAAAAAAAAAAGAAUAGGAUAAGCAGUAUCUCCAACUUAUUUUCUUGCAAAUAUUCUUAAUACUGGAUACCAGGGUCAAACCUUAACUGCUGAAGAAGAGGACCUGGUUAUGACAUGGACAUCCAGCAAUCAUCCCUCCAUAAUGGCAACUAUAAUAAACUUCAGAGCAAAGGGUGAACCAUUCAAGAAAUAUAUGUUUGCUGAGGAUAUUUUAAAGAAAGUCACACCAGUGAACUGGUGGGAGUCACUUAAGUACUUGGAUUCAGAGACUGUUGAAGUGAUAAUCUCACUUUUAAGCUUAUUCUGCUGGUGUAGAAAGAAUAUUUGCUUCCUUUGGACUAAUUCAUUCCAAAUUUAGAAAUUGUUUGGGACCCGAAAAAGCAGGAAAGCUUGUUUUUCUUUUCCAGAUUAUAAACAAACAGGAAAAUGAAGGUGGAGAAGACUGAGUUAGCUGCAGAAGCCAAUAUUUUAAGUUUCUCAUGUUGACCUGGCUGACACAGUCGAUUUAAUUUUUGAUUUUUUUUUAAAAAAAAAAGUUCAUUUAACUAUUUUAGUUAAAAACAAUUUUAACAAAAACAAGCCUGAUUUUAAAAAACUUGAAUGUUUAACUAAAUUCAAAAAUUCAUAUACUUGUUUUCUAAAUUAUUAUACGUUUGCUGUUGAAGAAAAAAUCCAGAAUACAUAAUGUUGUUGUUUUAGUUAAAUAAAACAAUUUAAAUGUCUGACGGGUGAUUUUCUCCUCCUAAUACAGCAUGGCAAGAAAAUCCUCCAAAUAUUAAUGAUUAACCUGUUGAAUUGGAGAUAUUUAUGAAGUCAUUGGGAGGUGAACUAUCUGCUUCAUUUAUAUUUGGUAAAUGAAAUAACCAAACCAUCAUUCAUUUUCUGAUAUAGCUGUAAAACUAAUCUGAAAAGUUUUCAAAAUAAAACAAUCACUUUAAAAGUGUGUAGUGUGUACCUUCUAAAAAUGAAACCUACAUCUCUCUCUGAGUUGUGAAGAAUAUGUAUUAAGGUUAUAACAACCAACAAGAAUGCACUUUUAUAGCGAAAUCCAUGAGUAAACAGAGCCUUUUAGUGAUUUAAAUCAAACAGACCCUGGUCUUUAGUAAUAAUGUCACAUGAAAAUGCAGGUCACCACCAAGAAAGAAAGAACGAACAAACAGAACAAAAAACAACACAAAUAUAAACAUUCUGCAGGGUGGGUUGUAUGGUGUGUUUGGUUUUCUUCCUAUGAAAAAGGAUAGAAGCAACAUUUCAUAUGUAAAAUCAAAGAUCACACCACGAGUUGUGAAGUAAUUUCAUCCAAUACCUCCUCCUCUUGAGAAAUAUAUGAUCAUAUUCAGGCUAGAACUAGAAGAGUACUUUAAUUCUUUUUUUUAAAUGUACAUAGGUCUCCACCAAAUUAUUCAGGAUGUAGAGGGCCAACCUACCUUGUCUCUAUUUUUGCUUGAAUAUUAUAUGUUUAAUUCUAAUAUUAAUGCAAUUAAUUUAGAUGUUCAACUUGUAAAACUUUUGUAAUCUUUCUUCUUGCUACAGUGAUUGAGUCCAAGAGAAGCCUAAGUGCAUCAUUUCCUUUUAAUUUUAAAGUUCAGAGGACACUGCUAA